GGCCCAGGUACGCGGACAAGAUGGCGGCGGCAGCGGUCGACAGCGCGAUGGAGGUGGUGCCGGCGCUGGCGGAGGAGGCCGCGCCCGAGGCGGCGGGCCUCAGCUGCCUGGUCAACCUGCCCGGCGAGGUGCUGGAGUACAUCCUGUGCAGCGGCUCGCUGACGGCCGCCGACAUCGGCCGCGUCUCCAGCACCUGCCGGCGGCUGCGCGAGCUGUGCCAGAGUAGCGGGAAGGUGUGGAAGGAGCAGUUCCGGGUGAGGUGGCCUUCCCUUAUGAAACACUACAGCCCCACCGACUACGUCAAUUGGUUGGAGGAGUAUAAAGUUCGGCAGAAAGCUGGGUUAGAAGCCCGGAAGAUUGUAGCCUCCUUCUCAAAGAGGUUCUUUUCAGAGCACGUCCCUUGUAAUGGUUUUAGUGACAUAGAGAAUCUUGAGGGACCAGAGAUAUUUUUUGAGGAUGAACUGGUGUGUAUCCUAAAUAUGGAAGGAAGAAAAGCUCUGACUUGGAAGUACUACGCUAAAAAAAUUCUUUACUACCUACGCCAACAGAAAAUUUUAAAUAACCUAAAGGCAUUUCUUCAGCAGCCUGAUGACUAUGAAUCAUACCUUGAAGGCGCUGUAUAUAUUGACCAGUACUGCAACCCUCUCUCUGACAUCAGCCUCAAAGAUAUCCAGGCCCAGAUUGACAACAUCGUAGAGCUGGUCUGCAAAACCCUCCGGGGCAUGAACAGUCGCCACCCCAGCUUGGCCUUCAAGGCAGGUGAAUCCUCCAUGAUAAUGGAGAUAGAACUCCAGAGCCAGGUGCUGGACGCCAUGAACUACGUCCUUUAUGACCAGCUGAAGUUUAAGGGGAACCGAAUGGAUUACUAUAAUGCCCUAAACUUAUACAUGCACCAGGUUUUGAUUCGAAGAACAGGAAUUCCGAUCAGCAUGUCUCUGCUCUACUUGACAAUUGCCCGGCAGUUGGGGGUCCCACUGGAACCUGUCAACUUCCCCAGUCACUUCCUGUUAAGGUGGUGCCAAGGUGCAGAAGGGGCAACCCUGGACAUCUUUGACUACAUCUACAUAGACGCUUUUGGGAAAGGGAAGCAGCUGACAGUGAAAGAGUGUGAAUAUCUGAUCGGCCAGCACGUGACGGCAGCACUGUACGGGGUGGUCAACGUGAAGAAGGUGUUACAGCGAAUGGUGGGAAACCUUUUAAGCCUGGGAAAGCGGGAAGGCAUCGACCAGUCUUACCAACUCCUGCGAGACUCCCUGGAUCUGUACCUGGCGAUGUACCCGGACCAGGUGCAGCUUCUCCUCCUGCAAGCCAGGCUCUAUUUCCACCUGGGCAUCUGGCCAGAGAAGUCUUUCUGUCUUGUCUUGAAGGUGCUUGACAUCCUCCAGCACAUUCAAACCCUAGACCCCGGGCAGCACGGGGCGGUGGGCUAUCUGGUGCAGCACACGUUAGAGCACAUCGAGCGCAAGAAGGAGGAGGUGGGUGUGGAGGUGAAGCUGCGCUCCCACGAGAAGCACAGAGACGUCUGCUACUCCAUUGGGCUCAUUAUGAAGCAUAAGAGGUAUGGCUAUAACUGUGUGAUCUAUGGCUGGGACCCUACCUGCAUGAUGGGACACGAAUGGAUCCGAAACAUGAACGUCCACAGCCUGCCUCAUGGCCAUCAUCAGCCUUUCUAUAAUGUUCUGGUGGAGGAUGGUUCUUGUAGAUAUGCAGCCCAAGAAAACCUGGAAUAUAAUGUGGAGCCUCAAGAAAUCUCACACCCUGACGUGGGACGCUAUUUCUCAGAGUUUACCGGCACUCACUACAUCCCGAACGCGGAGCUAGAAAUCCGGUACCCGGAGGACCUGGAGUCUGUGUAUGAAACGGUGCAGAAUAUUUACAGUGCGAAGAAGGAGGACAUAGAGUAGCGUCCAGUAGAGGACACCGAGCCUUUGCCGCUGCCGCUGUCUCCAGGAGAACAGGAUUCCGGAAGAAGACGUCUCCACGGAUCCCUCUGGAUUCACACCACCAGGAAAGCACCUAACCAGUAGCGCUGGUUGCCUCCCACCAAGUUUAAACAACGUGUGCUCUCCUCCAGCUGCAAAGACAAUGUCGCUCUCCGCCUACACUAGUGAAUUCAUUUGACGGCACUGUGUUCAGUGGCAUGGCUUGUGUGCUUGUCCUGUGGUGACAGUUUGUGACACUCUGUCUUCAUGAGGCCUCACAGUCGACACUCGUAGACUCAUCCUUCCCGCCCACUUCCCGUUACGUCUGUCUACACUCGUCUCCGACCGUUUCAUUUGCCGGACGGAUGGGGUUCCAUGUUUGCACCGGUUCCCUUCUGGUUUCGCCGUGGAGCGCGCGCGGCCCGGAGUCGGGACCGCUCGUCUUUUCGCCCUGCGUGUAGUUGCUUCUUCAGAGGCGAGGCUGCGAGCGACGGUAGCAGCAUCCGAGCGGCGGGGACGCGAACACGCGGAUUGGUCAUCAGAACCGUUCGGCUUUAUUUGUUCCAAUACGUGAAACAGAUUUCAGCCGCUUUAUCUCUUCCUUUAUUUGAAGCGGGAGCACGGCAGAGCGUUGCCCGCCACGUUCCUCCCAGGUCCGUGCUCCUGUCUGCGAAUCCCCAGUUUUCUGUUUCCUUACGUGAAAUCUUGUGAGAAAGUGCACCGUAAUGGCCUUUAUGGAUGGAUUUUCCCACAUUCGUCUACUCUCCUUCCCUUUGAAAUAACUACUUUUUUCUCUCCUUUAAUUUUAAAAAUUAUUCCAGUAUCAUAAAUAGAUCUUAAGUCAGUGAUGGGUUCUCUUUAUAGUAGGAAGUACAAUCUGGUGUUAGAAUGUUCAUUUUUAGAAACCACACUCCGUGGUCUCCAAAGACCUAAAGGAGGUUUCACUUUUGUAAUCAGAAAAAA